UGGGCACACCAACAAGGCGGAACGGCGGGCGGGCGGCACGUACAGACGGGAAGCAUGUGGACGCUCCCGUCUGCGGGAACGCGCGAGCACGAGUGCGGAGGACCGCGAGCGAGGAGGAUGGAGGGUGGGGGCAUGGCAGCGAGGACAACGGGUGCACCGUUGACCCACCGGCUUGCCUGCACACUCGCUCGCUUGCCCGCUCGCCUGCGCAAGCCUCCCCACCCUCUUGCACACUACCCCACUCACCCACCUAUUCGCUCGCCCACCCGCGCAUGGACCCGCAGACCCGCGGUACCCGCACGUGACCCGCACCCGUGA